CAACAAAGUCUUUUCUCAAAGGCAUUGAAACAUGGAAAAAGGAAACUAUAAUGAUAAAGGAGGCUGCUAGACGCUUACAAUCCAAUGGAAAUGAUAAUGACCAAGUUGAAUAUAACAACACCAAUAAUCCAUCAGAAACUAAGGAAUCCAAAAGAACAGAGGUUCCUUUGUUGAAGAAUACUGAUUGGAAGGAGCUAGGACUUCUUACAGCUGUUUGGAUUGUAAUACUUGGCCUGCAAAUUGCCAAGAACUACACAAAAAAUUGUUCAGUACUAUAUUGGGCACUAAAUUUCUUGCAGAUUCCGGUGACAGUUGGAGUAACUUUAUACGAAGCAGUUAGCCUUUACAAGGGAAAAAGAGUGAUUGCAUCAAAAGGAGAAGUAGUCACAAUUUGGAGAGUAAAGAAACUAAUAAUUUGUUGUGUUGUGGGCAUACUAGCUGGAAUGCUUGGUGGGUUGCUUGGUCUUGGUGGAGGUUUCAUAAUGGGACCUCUUUUUCUAGAGCUUGGAAUCCCUCCUCAGGUGUCAAGUGCCACAGCAACUCUUGUUAUGGCAUAUUCUUCGUCCAUGUCUGUUGUAGAAUACUACCUUCUAAGACGGUUUCCAGUUCCUUACGCUCUAUACUUUGCGGCUGUGGCUACAAUUUCUGCUCUAGUUGGGCAACAUGUGGUAGGAAAGGUCAUCAGUAUAAUAGGAAGAGCAUCACUGAUUAUCUUCAUCUUGUCCUCAAUGAUCUUCAUUAGUGCAAUAACACUAGGUGGAAUUGGAAUAUCAAACACGAUCGAAAAAAUUCACCACAAGGAGUAUAUGGGAUUUGAAGAUAUCUGUCAGUUCUGACUCAGAUUGUUACUUACCAAUUUUUAAUAGUUUAACCUUGUAAUCUUUAUAUUAAGAAAUAUAUCUUUUAGAAAGAGAGAAGACAAUUCGAUGUUUCUCUAACAAAAACAUACAAAUAUUGAUUUAAUGUAAUUUAAUAGUUGAGAAAAUUUCAUUAAGAUUCUCAAGCUUGUUGGACUUUCUUCAUAAAUUAAUGAUAUUAAAAAAACCUAAUUAAAAC